UUUGUUUAGUGCAUAUCCUUUUAUGGUUUUCCUGGACAAACUUCUUUCAUAGAUCCUCUAUUACAUCCCACAUUACCUUGUCUAGAAAUGAUUCCUCAACAUGAUUCACAAAGUGAAUCUGAUUCUUCUUAUCCGAAACUAAGGAAGCAAAAACGAAAUAGAAGAGCACGAGGGAAAAAAAUUCAUCAGAAAAAGGAAUUGGAAGUAUCUCGAAGUGAAGAUGAUUCUGAUUCUAAAAUUAGUGAUCUCAAUUGUAGUAUUAGUAGCCCAAGUAAGUCUUCACCAUCUUCUCAUAAAAUGUAUGCUGAUAGACUGAAAAGCAGCAGUUCUGAUUCUGAAUUCUCAGAUGCUGAAAAUAAUGCUUCAAAUCUUAAGACACUUUUGGCAUCAGCUCGUCAAAAUGCUUAUCAGACUUUACAGGCCAUUGUUAAGAUUUCAGACAAGAAAGUGAUGUUUGGUUACUGGUCAUCUUUUCUUCCAGAUCAACCCACUAUGCCAGGAAUGGUCUGUAAUCAAAAUAUAUUCACAACAGUACUGAAAGAUCCAGUACCUCAGGUGAGACUUAGUGCCUUGAUACUACUUGCUGAAAUGCUGAGAGGCUCCAAACAAUUUUUAGCCCAUGCAGAUGGACGAGCCCCCCGCCAUCUGUCAUUCACAUCUCUUAGUUCUGUGCUUGCUACUAUUAUUUGCGAAGUUCAUCGAUGUUUACUACUUGCCCUUCUGUCAGAGAGUUCUACAGCACUUCUCACGCAAAUUCUUAAAUGUUAUGCAGUCUUAACAGAAAAUGUGCCAUACACCAAACUUGAUGCUGAAAUUCUUCUGAAGCUUAUCAAGCAAACUAAAGGUUUUCUACAUCAUAAAGAUAUUCAAGUUCAAGUGGCUUGUUUAAGUGUUUUUGGGUCCAUCAUCAACUCUAAUCAAAUUCCCAAAGAAAUUGAAGAUAUGACUUUCAGUUCUGAAAAUAGUAAUUUGCCAUGGAUUAUUGACAUUUGCCAGAAGAAUGUGUUUAGUGAAGGACCUUUGCCUCUUAUAAUUGAAUCUUUGCAACUAUUAUGUGGUAUUGUGGGAAGAUAUUUUAACAAACUAAUCUCAUUUUGGCAUGUUAUAGAAAGAAUCAUCUUGUGGUGCUUAAAUAGUUCUGAAACUUCUUUGCAGCUUCAUGGAGCAAAACUUUUAGAUGUCCUGGGUCGGUGUACAAUCAAUGCUGCAAAUACUGAAGGAGCUGAAAAUUUACAUUUAUCAGUUUCUAAGCUGUGGUUCAGUGUUUUGAAUGGGCCUUUAAUAGUAUGUUUAUCCAAUGAUACUCACAAAACUCUACAAUCUGUUUGCUGCGACUGUCUCUCAACUCUGCCCCCAAAGCUGUUCCAGGAAUUAAAUUCCAAACAGCAGAUAUUAUACAUAACAAUACUUCUUGGAAUGACUUCUGAUUCAAAUCCAAAUGUCAGAGGUGCUGCAAUUCGCUGCCUGGGUGUGUUUUGUCUUUUCCCCUCUUUAACUCAGGAUAUUUCUUUUUUGAGUGAUGUAUCAGAAUGCUUAAAGAAGUCUGUAGAUGAUGUAAAUGUGAAUGUUCGUUUUAAAGCAUCUUGGGCCCUUGGAAAUUUAAGUGAUGCUCUUUUUUCAAACAGAGACACAACAUUUUUAUGUAAGGAAAUAUCUGCUCAGUUCUUCUAUUCUACUGGUAUGUCUUGUGUUCAUUUCUCCAAAGAUAGUGACAGGAUAAAGGCUAAUGCUGUAAGAUCUUUAGGAAACUUCUUGCAUUAUAUUCCAAAGCAAUUUUUAGAUUUACCUCCAAUGCAAGAUUUCAUUAGAAGUUCAUGUGAAGCUCUUAAGUUAGCUCUGUCUGCAACAUUCAUGAAAGUUUGUUGGAAUGCUUGCUAUGCUUUAGGAAAUGUAUUUAAGAAUCCAAAUCUUGUAAAACAUAAAGUGAUUGAUUUGGAUGAUUUGUUACACUCAUUGUUGAACAUUUUAAAAUCCCCUAAUUUUAAAGUUCGUAUCAGUGCUGCUCAAGCUUUGACAGUUUUAGAGUCUCGAGAAUUGUAUGGAUCUUUAUUACCAAGUAUAUGGAAAAAUAUUCUCUUUGUUCUUUCUUCAGCAACUGAAGAAGUUAAUUUUAAAGAAAUUAAACAUCAAGAAAAUUUGAAUGACCAAUUGUGUUAUAGUCUUUGCCAGUUGGCUUCUUUAAUGACAAUAGAUGAUUUGUUUGCUGUCUCUAAUGACACAAUAGAAGUUACUGAAAAGUUGCUUACUUCAAUGUGGAAAUUUGGAUCACAUGCAACUGAAGAUAAAAUUCUUCAUGUCUGCAAUGCUAUUGAACAUCUAACAUCCUUAAGUAAUACUGAAGAUGCUGUCCAGAUUAUGUUCAUUUUACAAGAUACUUUAAAUCAGGCUAUUUUAGCAUUUUAUAGAGAAGAUGAUAACUGAUGUCUGAUGCAAAAGAGAUUAUAAUUUUUUGUAAAUAUAUACUUGUAGAGCUCUUUCUUGAUUUUUCAUACAUUUAUGCUUAAACAAUAAAUCAUAUUUUUAUAAUA